UGAUAGAACGUCCAGAGUCCUGCCAGCAGGACUUUGCGUCCUACCGGUAGGACGCAAUAGAUUUGGCUAUAUGAGGUUUUCUAAGCCUGCUAGCAGGACGAAACAAGUACCACUAAAUAGUGCGUCCUUUUCUCUCUUUGCGAGUUUUUGAUUCAUGUUUCUACGACUAGUUGGGCCGAAAUGGCUGCGAAUAUAAGACGUGGGGACCGCGUUCGCGCCAAAGCUACCUAUUUCGACGAACAAGAUGGCGGCAAUACAUGGAGUCGUCAACAUUUUGGCGAUAAUUACCAUAUCAGUUAUUGUUGGGGUACAGUAAGAAAAGUGGAAAACAAAUUUGCAAGAGUAUAUUGGGAUAUUGAUAAAAAAGUUUCAACCGUGCCCGUCGAAUAUUUAAUUGCUGACCACGAAAACGAAAAUUUAAUUGAAGCAAAUACUAAUCAAUAUUGUUCACUGUCUGAAUCAGAUUCAUCCACUUCAAGCGAAGAUGAGGAGGAGACGAAUAAUUAUCCGACUACCAGUAGGAGCAACGUAAUAAAUUCUACCGAAAAUAUAGUCGUUGUAAAGGGUGUUACCUGGACUUUUAUGGAGGCAAUACGACUUGACCAACGACAACAGGGUAAUUACAAAGCUACCCUACAAGAACCAUUGAGGGGCACACAAAGCGUAAAGGACGCUUUUUUUAUGGUUUUUCCCCGGGAGAAAGUUCAUUAUAUAAUACAAUGCACUAACUCUAUGUUUCCAGCAAAACAAAAAGUUUUGACUGAGAAAGAGUUACUACUGUUUAUAGGUAUAAUGUACGCUAUGACGCUUCAGGAACUGCCGGACCGUCGAUGUUACUGGAAUACGACUUCUGAAGGUAUAUAUCCCCCAGCCAAUUUUGGACAAAAGUUUGGAAUGAGUCGUCAGAGAUUCGAGACUAUUCUCAUGGCUCUGCGCUUCACACAACCCUCAGAUCUCGAUGAUUCCGACAAAUGGCGUAACGUCAGAACUUUAGUAACGAUGGUAAACGAGAAACUGGAACAUACCAUCCGUCCUGGUUCAAAAAUUACUGUGGAUGAGUCCUUGUUCGCUAGGUACGGAAGAGGUGCGUACUUCAAAGACGAACACGACCAAGUCUCACACAGGUGGUUUACAACCAACUUGGUAUUAGCUCUGACGGACGAAGAUACUGAUGCUCAACUUGAAAAUGUUCCGCCGCCUAAUGAGAACAUCGCUAGUAGUGGAGAACACAUUCUUGAAGCCUUGUCAAAAUCGGAUGAAAGGAAGAGAGUUCAACGCGUUAUCAUACCUGAGCAACACGAUACGAAACGAAUAAAAUCAAACGUCAGUAAAAAAUCAAAUGCCAAUUUCAACUUCAUUUGUUGGAGCGCUUCGCUCUGCGUCGCGUCGCCUACGUAA